UUAUUUGUUUACCUUUAUCAUGGUAUUUUAUUCGUUAUUAGGUUUUGCUUUUCAGUUCGUUAGUUUUAUUCAAUUAUUAUACUUUCAAGCUGUAUCAGAUCUAAAUAUAACAAUAGAUGGAUCUAUGCAGCAAUAUCCUGUAUAAGUUAGCAGAGUUACAACACGUCUUAGAAUGUUCAAUAUGUAACAAAAAAUGUAACAGUCCCGUACGAAUUAAGACCUGUGGGCACUAUUUCUGCACUAAAUGCUUACAAGCUGCGAAAACACCCAGUACCUGUCCCAAAUGUGGAGAAUUAUACGCACCCACUGAGUUAGAUUUCAACAAUUUGGCUAAAGAAUGCGAUCACGAACUCCUUGAGUUACAAGAGCUGUUGCAAAAUGCACAACAAGUAGCCAAAAACAGAGACAACUCUUCGAAGAUCAAUUUAGUGCAAGAGGAGGAUACUUCCCUGGGCAUUUCUUCAGAAGCAAAUACAAUUUUGUAUAUGGGAAAACAAUAUCGUGUACAGUUUUUAAAAUCACAAUGUAAGAAGAAUGCUAAAGGUGAAACUCCUUUGCAUUUAGCUUGCAGAAGAAAUAAGCUGAAUGAAAUUCGAUCACUCAUUAAUUCCCCAGUGGAUAUAAAUGCCAAAGACUAUGCAGGAUGGGCCCCACUGCAUGAAGCUAUUGAGAGUAAAGCAACAGAAAUUGUACAAUACCUUCUGGAAAACAAUUGUCUUCUCGAUAUUCCGGGACCAGAUUAUCUAACCCCUUUGCAUAAAGCUGUUAUUCUGAACAACGCUGAUAUAGUUAGCAUUCUAUUAAAGCAUGGAGCCGACGUUCAUGGGUUUGAUUAUCGUGGUUUAAAACCUGAAGACUACUGUGAGAAUAGCAAAAGUUUCAACGAAAUGUUUAAGUCGCCCGAAGAAAUCUACCCCAAGGUUUUCAAUGUGUUUUUGCCGGGGAAAGUCUCCUUGUAUUGCCACAGCAUUGAUGAAGCUAUUAAAGCGAAGUUAGAGGGAUGCAAACACAUUAAUGUAGUAAACAAGGUGGAUACUAAAAAAGUCCUUACACAUUUUGUGAUUAAAAAGUCUCAUAAGCUGUCCUUGAAAAUCAUGCAAGCCAUGCUGGAAGGUUUACAAUUUUUGAAUCAGGAAGACGUUGAUGACUACAUUAAAGGACAAUAUUUUAUAAAUAUCCCACAACAUACAUUUUUCACCAAUAAGGAGUUGAAUGAUGGUGUUCAAAAAGCUAUGAUGAGUGCCAUUCUGAAAUUGCCCAAAUUGUUUGAUGGCGUAAAUUUUCACAUUGAGGACCACAACAAGCGUGUAAAUGUGUAUAAUCUUGAGCUAGAUAAAGAACAUAUUAUCAGACUGAUCAAAGCUGGUGGAGGAAAUGUAUUGCACAGGCCACCUACCGCUAGUACUUGUGAAGUAGUGCACCCCUUUUUCUCAAUAUUAGGAUCUAGUACUUUCCAGUGCUGCAAUUUCAUUAUAUAUGAAGAAAAACAUGCUCCAGAUUUGAUGUACAACAUGAUGGAAUUAAAACAUAGGAGUUCUAAAUGGACAAACAACACAACAAACACCAUUGCCCGACAUCUAUAACAGGAAGACGAAGUCUAAGAUUAUUCGGGAAUUAAUUGGAUAUACAGAAAUGUGUAAUAAAAAAAAUGUAAAACGAGGAAUUCUAGGGAGCACUAUCGCGGAUGUCUAGCCAAUAAAAUAAAUCACAUUUCUACUAUAAUUUAUCAGCAGCCAGCAAUGAUGUUUUAAUAAAUUUAAAUACA